GAACACUACGUCUAGUGCGCCGUAGGCUGUCAGGACGUUAUUAAGUAUUGCACCUCCAAUAAUGGCGUCUCACUUGAAAUUUGUGGCCCGGACAGUAAUGGUGCAGAAUGGAAAUGUAGAUGCCGCUUAUAAGACGUUGAACAGGAUUCUAACCACAGAUGGAAUCAUUGAGGAAGCAAAAAGGAGGAGAUAUUAUGAGAAGCCUUGUCGACAACGGCAAAGGGAAAGCUAUGAAGCUUGUCGGCGUAUCUAUAACAUGGAAAUGGGAAGGAAGAUUGCCUUUCUAAUGAGGAAGAAUAGACCAGACCCUUGGAUGGGCUGCUAGCUGUGGAAGUAAUACAGAUGAAAUGACCAUAGUGACCUGCCUGUUUUUGAACUGUGUAUCCAUUCAUUUUCUGUACCUGUCAUUUUUUAUGCCUUUGGAAGUCCAAGCCUACUGAAGGGACAAAGGAUAGCUAACAGAAAUCUACUUCAGUUGAAAUGAUAAUUCAUUGCUUUCGUAAAAAAAGUGCUUUAAAUGUCUGUGUGGCUUCAGGAUUCUGUAAGCAUUCCCAUUUCACCAAGAAUCCAAGAAAGGAGAAGAUGCAUUGACUAUUAUUAUUAAUCCUAGUGAAAAUAAACAUAAAACAGCAGCAA